GGAAAACAAAAUUAAUCGUCAAUUCGUCAUGUGUAUAAUCGGACAGAUUUAAGUUAGAUAGCGAAGAAAUCAUAUCCAUCCAUCACCUAGUUCGACAGAAGAUUGUAUUCUGGCGGGUAUUCAUACGUAUGGUUAUUUUUGACAUCCCUACCAGUCACUCAGCAUUAGGGAUGGCAAUGGGUAGGGUCGGGUGCGGGUUUACCCUAUACCAACUCCUAACCCGCCGGGUAGAGCUUUCUAAAUACCCGACCAAAUAACCACCGGGUAUGAAAAUUAUAUAACCAUACCCUACCCACCGGGUAACCACGGGUAUUCGGGUAACCAUGGGUGCGAAUCCUAAACUAUGAACUUAUACACAUAUAUGCACAUACAUACUCUUGUCCAUUAAAAAUUCUCAAUACUUGUAACUGUUCUAGCUUCAACAAUCCACACAAAUGAAAACAGCAAACACAUAAUAAUUGUUCUUGCUUCUACAAUCCACACAAACAUAAUAAUCGUCUACAUCUUCAUCAUCAAUAAUGGUAGCUAAACUCAAUUUCUCAAGCUAAAAUAAAUUUCUCAAGGGAAAUUGAUCAUUUGGUUAGCUGGGCGGGUAUAACGGGACAGGUAUUAUCGAUUACCAUACCCGUACCCUACUUGAAACCGGGUAUUACCCGUACCCACCCUUUAACCCGUCAAAGCGGGUAAUUACCCUCGUUGACCGGUUACGGUCGGUAAAGUACUCAUGGUUACGGGUUGGAUUGACAUCCCUACUCAGCAUUGAAUGAGUGAAUCAGGGUUUUGUUUUCUCGGGCCAGGUGGUGGUUUGACUGGCACCUGACCUCACCAGCUGACUGCUCACCUGCCUGAACAAGAAAGCCAAACAAAGAAAGGAGUGUAACCAGAGCACCAGACGGCAACAGUGGAAAAACGCCACCCGCCUGACCCGAACCCCAACCUUCUUCCCCCCUCUCUCUCUCUCUCUCUCUGCCUCGAAAAUCUCUAUCUGGAAACGGAAGCGGAAGAAGAAAGACCUCCCUCGCAACUCCCAACUUCAUUUCCUUUCUUCUGCACAGCAGUCCUCUCCUCCACCCGCCUUCUCUCUCUCUCUCUCUCUCUGGUCUCUGUAUAGAUGAUGACCGAUGAUGAUGAGCAGACCACCGCCAUGACUCCUUCCUCUGUUCACUGCCAUCAUCGGAUGAUGGUCAAGGCCGAAGCAGCAGCAGCAAAUCAACAAGACGACGACGAAGACGACGACAGUGGCGAUUAUCUGUUAGGGGGACCGAACCCGACCACAUUCUCCCAACUCCUCUGCUCCAGCGAUGAUGAUCCUCACCACAUGAUCAUUAAUGACGCGCAUGUCCAUCCUCCCCACUCUGCUCCUCCUCCUCCUCCUUCGAUGCUCUGCUUUGGCGGUGCUCUGUUCUCGCCGCGUCAUCGUCAUCAUUAUCAGGACAGCAAUCAUGACGACGAUCUUCUUCUUCCAAACACCGCCGCCGCUGCAAAUCCUCCGCCACCGAGGAAGAGGGCAAGCAAGAAGAGUAAAACAGUGGUAGUAAAUGCCUCUGCUGCUGCUCCUCCUCCUAUUCCUAGGGCAAGGAAAGAGAAGGUGGGAGAAAGGAUUGCGACAUUGCAGCAGCUGGUUUCCCCCUUUGGCAAGACGGAUACGGCAUCGGUGCUGCACGAAGCGAUGGGAUACAUCAGGUUCCUGCAAGAUCAGAUUCAGGUCCUCUGCUCGCCUUACCUCCUCCUCCAAGAACCCAAAUCUCAGCAGCAGCAGGGGAAGAGGGAGCUGAAGAGCAGAGGGCUGUGCCUGGUUCCGGUGGACUGGACCAUGCAUGUCGCCACCGCCGCCACCACCAACGGCGCCGAUCUUUGGUCCCCUCUCUCCACCACCACGACUCCUACUCCCGCAUUUCCGUGCUUUUCACCACCGCCAGCCUCCUCGGCCGACCAGUAAUUGGAUUUGCUUUGGAUGUCUCGUUCUUUUGUAACCUUUUUUUCCUAGCUAGCUAAAAGCCAGGGAGGGUAGUAGUUACUAGUUAUGGCUUAGGGGCUUAAACGACCUCCCGUUUUGAAUAGAGGAAAGACGGGGACCCACUGAGAAAGGGGAAAUUGUAUGUAUUUUUUUCUCGCUGGUCAAAGGGGUGAUCUUUCUUUCUUUCUAAAUUAGUGAAUUCUCGACGGUAAUUAAUGGGGCCAUCAGAAUUUAAGCAUGUUUUACAAUUGUUACAAUCUUCUAGGGUUUCACCAGUUACCGAUGCAACUUUGAGAAUGGGGAAAAGGGGGUGGAGUCUGCUGGUCGGGGACUGGUCCGGAUUUUGUAUGUACACAAAAUAAAUAAUUCCAAAUUAUAAUCACCUUUUAAAACCAUUUCUCAAACUAGUCACCGAGAAGAGUUUUUGGACGGGACCGGAUAGUAAACAAUCCAAUUUUUGGGCUUAGAUUUGAGGUAAAAAUCCGGAUAAAGAUCGGAUAAAAGAGCUCAACACCCAAAACUUAAGGGUAAUUUUGCAUAAACGGUCACAAACCUUUGCACUUAGUACAAAACUUAUCCAACUCCUCACCCUUUAAGGCCUUAGGCCACUCAAAACCCACAAUCUCAAUGUAAAAUCAAGACCGAAUUGGGACCGGACCGGAUCAAGACCGGCUGUAUCCAAUCCAAUCUUCGGUACUUAUAUUUUCAAAAAGACCGGACUGGACCGGAUCAAUUUGGGCCAAUUUAACCGGACCGGACCGUAUAGCCACCCCUAGAUCACACUAGUUUCUAAACUCAUUUGAGCUAUUCAAAUUUCAAAACAGUCAUGCAUACCAACCGUUGUGAGUCUCAUCCUAACCAGAAACUACUUUAGUGAUCUUUUAUGAGAUAAGAAGAAUUAUUGUGCUCUCGUCGAAUUUUAUUCUACCUCUCAAAUUCAGCAGUAAUUCGAGAGCUCAGCAGUAAAUCUCAAAGUGGAUUUACUCCGAAAGAUUAGGUCUUCAAAUUCACUCUUUCAGAGAGUCGGUUCUUUCAAAUAAUUGGGAUUUUUUUUUUGUCUAUCCUACUAAUUAAGGAGGACAAACAAUCUACUACAUUCUUUAAAAUCCUAGUAAGAUGAUCAUUACCAUCUACCAAUGCCAUGUUCAAUAUGAAAACAAUCGGGAUACUGGCUAUCUUUACUCAUCUGUAUUGACUAUAAUUAUUUAUGGCCAGUCUUCAAGACUUUCUCCAUCUUAUACUGCUCCUCAUGUUUUACUUGAAAUUCAUUGGUUGUUAGGAGUUAUGAAGAACUAUUUAGUAUCAAUAACUUGAUAUGUUGGGAGAGUUUAUUAAUGGAUCUUAUACUAUUUAUUAACACGCCCCCUCAAAAUAAAUUCAACUUAUAUGGACUUGAAGUUUGCACAAAUCUGAAUAUCAUAGGCUUGCAGAUAGGGUCGUCAAAAUUCAUGCACAAGACUGCUCAACCAUUUUCAAUUACACACGUAAUGCAUUGAAUUUGGUUUGAGGGGUUGUCUUCUUUGUUUUUGUCAAUUAUAUUUGGGAUUUUGUUUGAAUUUUUGUUUUUACGUUCGGGAAAAUUGUUUGGGAUUAAAAUAAGAGUUCUAUAAAUGCUCUUUAUUAUCCUAUUUGUAGUCAAGUCAAUUUGUUUGGUUAUUCUGUUCCGAAUUUUGUUUUGUAAUCUGUAAAUUCCUCAAGGGGUUGUUUGCAUGAUGGAUUUGGAUCAACCAAAAACUUUGUCUACACUAUGGGGUUGUUUGGAAGUUGUGAUUCUUCAAAUUGAUGUAUUGAGACAAUUAGUGUAUUAUCAUUUGAUAUAUUGAAUCAAUUGACGUAUUAUGCAAGUAUCUUGUUUGGAGGUUUAGAUUGUGUUUUUCUUGCAAAGCUACAAAAGUUAAUUUUGAGUGAUUGUGAAUAAUCUGAACAAAAAGUAGAUAUUGAU